GUACGUGUGCAGGCUUCAUAUCCUUCGUCUCCAGAGAAUGAUUACUUUUAAUCCCAAUUCAUUCAUUCAUUCACGCAUUGUUUUUGCUUGUAAAUUGUAAUGUAUCAGUAACACUUCCCACUGCUCAACCCAAAAAUCACCUAAGCUUUCGUCGUCUCCGUCAACAUAGCGAAUGGCAGAUGUAUGGGAAUGGGUGCUUGUGUUCUUCACGCUCCUCGCUAUUACCAUUUUGGUUGUUUACCAGCUUACAUGCUUGGCUGAUCUAGAGUGCGACUAUAUCAAUCCUUAUGACUCUGCCUCUAGGAUAAAUAAAGUUGUUCUUCCGGAGUACAUUAUGCAAGGAGUUUUAUGCUUACUCUAUCUUGGAACAGGGCAUUGGAUUAUGGCACUUCUCUGUGGUCCUUAUUUAUACCACAAUGUGCAAUUGUACCUGCAGCGACAACACCUCAUAGAUGUAACCGAGAUUUUUAAUCAGCUGAAUCGGGAGAAGAAUCGGAGGCUUUGGAAACUUGGGUAUCUCGUUGUUCUUGUCUUCAUCUCCUUAGUCAUGUUGAUAUUUAGCGCUUUGGAAUACGAUGAGCACUCGUUAUAGUUCCCUUCAUAGUGUACGAGAUUUUGUGAUUCAGAGUUUACUGGAGCCAUUGUUGGGCAGAGGCCGGUGAAGGGUUAAGUUCAGCAAUUGGUGACUAGGAAGAUUGUUAGGGGGAAGCCAGUGAAGGUUAAGUUCAACAUCCUACCUCUCAAAAAUGUAAUGGCAUAAUGGUAUAUAAAGAAAUAAAUUUGCAUCUUCGCUAUGAACUAUAACUUUUGGUGUAGUAGUAAGCGUUUGAUCAUAAUGUCAUAAGAGCAAUCAUAUCAAUGAUUUUUUGCUAGUUUUUAGAACAGUGCCAAGUGAAGUGGAGGUGAGAGAAAAAAAAUCAUAUGCAAGAAGUUGGUUUUUAGCACUGUAAAAUGUAAAUCUGACUAUUGAC